UGUGAUGUUCAGCUAUUGAUCUCAGGUAUCCAGGAAUGAUGUAAGGAGAUCAGCAGUAAGUUAUUUGUAAGGAAUCCUGCAAGGCUAUUGGCUAUUGUCAUCUGCUGUGAGCCGGAAUGGGAGAGAAGCCAGAGUCUGACUGCCUUUACUGCCAAGCUCUGUAUCACAUUUAACACACAUGCUUCCUUGAACACUGUGAAGAAACUUUCAAUACACAGUUUGGAUGAUUACUGCUUUGCCCGGCUGCAAAUAUCAGUUCCUCUUCUGUAUCCAGAGAUAAUGUCCUGGGACUUGCUUCAUUUUACUUAGGUACUGUUUGGAUCUUCUGGAACUCCUAUCCUUAUUUGCCCAUUUCUUUGCAUGAUGAUUCAAAAGAGAGGAAAGCGUCUGAAAUCGACAUAAGUCAUUUUCCAGCUGUUCUAUUUCUGGCCAGUAAUUAUCUAUUCCCGCAAUUACUGGAGUGGCUGUCAGCAAUCUGCCUGUUUUCUUUAAGGGACUUUUAACACCAUGUACAUUAAAAUAGGUAUCUGUAGCUGCUCUUUAUCCAGUGCUUAAUUUUUACUGGAACACUGCACGCCAAUAUGACCUGUUUGUGGGGUGCUGCAAGCAUUUUGGUGGUGUCUUUACAUCUUCUUCAAGCAUUUGACUUCGACAGUGGAAGUGUUAAGGGAAUAACGCAGAGUGAGCUAGAAUACAAAAUCAGAUCUGCGGCCAACCUGGAAGAGCUUCUUCGUAUAACUCACCCCAGAGAGCUGAAGCUGUGGAGGUGUCGGUCAAAGCUGAAAUCCUACAUUAGCACUGACGCCAGAUCUGGUCCUCAUCGCUCAACCCGAUUUGCUGCAGCUUUCUAUGAUAUUGAAAUACUAAAAGUUAUUGAUGAAGAAUGGCAGAAGACACAGUGCAUGCCUCGAGAAACCUGUGUUGAUGUUGCGAAGGAUCUUGGCACUGCCACUAACACGUUCUUUAAACCGCCCUGCGUCUCUGUGUUCCGAUGCGGAGGCUGUUGUAAUGAAGAGGGAGUUUCCUGCCUAAACACCAGCACAUCCUAUGUACUCAAAUCGGUUUUUCAAAUUUCUCUACCACUGACACAAGCACCUGAACCUGUAACUAUCAAAAUUGCCAAUCAUACAAGCUGUAAAUGUUCGCUGGUUGGUCGUCAUCCGCCCACCAUAAUACGUAGAUCAAUUACAUAUCCGGAAUAUGGGUGUCUUCAAAAUAACAGACAUUGUCCUCCUGGUUGGCAGUGGGAUAGCAGCCAGUGUGAGUGCAUACUGGAAAAGGAGUCUUCACUUAACAGAAGAAGGGAAGAGCUCGCCUUGUGUGGUGCACACAUGGAGUUUGAAGACAGUUGUGAAUGUGUCUGCAAGCUAAAAUGUCCAAGGAACCGCUUCCUCAACACAGAGAACUGCACCUGUAAUGAAUGUAGUGAGAACAUGGACUCCUGCUGUGAGAAGAAUAAGAUAUUUCACCCUGACAUCUGCAGCUGUAAGGAUGACUGUCCAUUUCAAGCCAAAGUGUGUCCAGGUGGUAGGAGAGUGUGCUCAAAGCUUUUGAAUGCAUGUCAGAGGAGGUCCUAUUUCCUAUCAUAACAGAGAUUCUCCAGGCUUUCAAAUGUUAACAAAAAAGAAAAAAAAUCAUUUUUAUAUUUUACAAUUAAAGAGCACAUUUAUGUAAACAAUUGUUGUACUUUGCUGUGUGAUAAAUGUAUAUUUGGUUA